AUGGAUUCAAGAAGCUUUCUGCUGAUCCUAGCCUGCACUGCAGCAUAUAAUCUCAACAGCUGUGCAGCAAUCCUUACAGACAAAGUAUUCAAUGUCCUGCGCUACGGUGCAUCCCCUAAUGGCAGAACUGAUAGUGCUCCAGCUUUUUCUAGGGCUUGGAAUGAAGCAUGUGCUGCAGAUUGUGGAUGGUACGGUGGGUUUAGGGUAAGGUGUAGGGUACUGAUUCCGGAGGGCACUUUUUUGGCUGGACCGGUUUCAUUCAGAGGACCUUGCAGGAGUCCAAUGGUGGUUCAGGUGAAGGGAGUGGUUAGGGCUCCGAAUGAUCUUAGGGUUUUUCAGCAUAAGGAAUGGAUUGCGUUCAGGCAUGUGAACAAUUUGUUGGUUACUGGAUUGGGCACGUUUGAUGGUCAGGGGCGUGCGGUUUGGCCUCAUAGACAUGGCAGCAGUCUUCCCACGACGUUAAAGUUUCUCCACGUGAUGAACGCCAAGAUUCGUGCCAUCUCCCUCAUCGAUCCCAUGUUCUUCCACAUGAUCAUAGGCCAAUCACAGCAUAUCUCCGUCAUCGGCCUUCACAUCACCGCCCCCGGAAACAGCCCCAACACCGACGGAAUCCACGUCGGAGAUUCGUCGGAUAUCCGAAUAUCGAGGUCCCGAAUCUCGACCGGGGACGACUGCAUCUCCCUUGGGCCCGGGACUUCAAAUGUAACGAUCAACAAGGUGCACUGUGGGACUGGCCAUGGAAUCAGCGUUGGGAGCUUGGGGAAGUACAGGGAAGAUAAGGGAGUGGAUGGGAUUAGGGUUUUGAACUGCACGCUUACUGGAACCACCAAUGGGGUGAGGAUUAAGACGUGGAGAGAUUCGCCGCCGAUAAAAGCUACGAAUAUUGUGUUUUCGGAUAUAGUGAUGAAUGAAGUUAGUAAUCCGAUUGUUAUUGACCAGGAGUAUUGCCCUAAUUCUUGCGAUGAAGAUAAGGUUGUCAUUGAGUUUGUGAAUGGAAUCAUACAGUGA